AUGUCGAGUCUCCCAGCCGAAGUCACUGGAGCUCUGCACCAGCUGCUUGUCAGCCUGACCUCGCCAGACAACCAACUCCGUACACAGGCCGAGAAAAGCCUCAACGAGGAAUGGGUCGCAGGAGGCCGCGAGCGCCAGGAGAUGCUCCUCGUCGGUUUGGCCGAACAAUCGGUGCCCGAGGCGGAUCAUGUGUCGCGGGUCAUUGACACGAUCUCGGACGCGGUUUUGACGCAGAUCAAGUCGAUUUUGCUUCAGGGGUUUGUUUCUGAGCAGACGGGAGACGUGCGUCAUAAGAUUUCUGAUGCCAUUGCCGAGAUUGCUCGACCCGGUCCUAAGGCUGGCGAAUGGCCAGAGUUGCUGAGUGCGCUUUUUCAGGCCAGUAAGAACCCCAAUGCUCAAGUUCGUGAGUCUGCAUUCCGGAUUUUCGCGGCUGUGCCAGACUUGAUUGGCGAGGAGUACCUCGAUAGCGUGAUCCCAGUGUUUGCCAGUGGAUUUGGUGACGAGUCGGAACACGUUCGUAUCUCGACAGUGUCGGCAUUCACAUCGUUUUUCCAAGCUCUGUCGAAAUCGACUUGGAGAAAACUCCAUCCUUUACUGCCUAAUUUGCUCAAUGUUUUAACGCCUCUUCGUGCCGAGUACAAAAGCGAUGAACUGGCGUCUGUUCUCGAGUCGCUGAUUGAUUUGGCAGGAUUGGCUCCGAAAAUGUUCCAGCCCGUGUUUAAGACUGUGCUUGAUUUCUGUAUAGAUGUCGCUAAAGACAAGGAAAUGGAGCUCAAUGCUAGAUUAUCGGCUUUGGAGCUGGCUACUACAUUUGCAGACGAAGCACCUAAUAUGUGUAAAAAGGAGCCUACAUAUGCCGACCAGAUGAUUGUUCAGUGUUUGGCUAUGAUGACCGAGAUCGGUGAGGACGAUGAGGACGGUGCUGAUUGGAACAAUGAAGACGACGUGGUGAAUUCCGAGGACCAGGACGAGAGUUAUACAGCUGCCAAGCAGAGUUUAGAUCGUAUGGCUUUAAAACUGGGUGGAAAAGUCAUGUUGCCUCCUUUGUUCAGAUGGUUGCCUAAUCUCAUUGGUUCGGAACAGUGGAGAGAACGUCAUGCCGCUUUGAUGGCCAUUUCGAAUGUUGCCGAGGGAUGUCGUGACGAGAUGAUGGUCGAGCUUGACAAGAUCCUGGAUAUGGUGAUUCCCUGUUUGAACGACGGUCAUGUCCGUGUUCAAUGGGCUACUUGUAAUGCUCUGGGUCAAAUGUCGACUGAUUUCUCGGAUUAUAUUCAAAAGAACUUUGCUACUCGAAUCUUGCCAGCAUUGAUUUCCAAGCUUGGAAACUCAACUCCUAGAGUCCAAGCCCAUGCUGCUGCUGCUCUGGUUAACUUUUCUGAAUGUGCUUCUAAGGAAAUCCUCGAUCCUUACCUCGAUAAUCUGUUGUCAGGAUUGUUGGUCCUUCUUCAAAGCCCUAAGAGAUAUGUUCAGGAACAAGUUCUUACUACUAUUGCUAUUGUUGCAGAUGCAGCUCAGAACAAGUUCAUCAAGUACUAUGAUACUCUGAUUGGACUUUUGUUCAAUGUCAUGAAGACCGAUACUGGCAAGGAGUACCGAUUAUUAAAGGCCAAGUCGAUUGAGUGUGCGACUUUAAUUGCCCUUGCUGUUGGCAAAGAGAAGUUUGCUCCUCAAUGCCAAGAAAUGGUACAUAUUUUCGCUAGCAUUCAAGAGACAUGUACCGAUCCUGAUGACCCAUGUCAAUCGUACCUUGUUCAUGCGUGGGGUAGACUGUGUAGAGUUUUGGGCACCGACUUUUUACCAUAUCUUCCAGCAGUUAUGCCACCACUACUCGAGGCUGCCAAACACAAGCCAGAUUUGCAGCUUUUCGAGGAUGAGGAUGAUAUCGAGAACCUAGACCAGCAAGACGGAUGGGAAAUCAUUCCUAUCCAGGGAAAAUAUAUUGGUAUCCACACCAGUUUAUUAGAUGAAAAGUCCAGUGCUAUCGAGUUAAUAUCUGUAUAUGCCAACGAGCUGGGUGCUUCGUUUGCUCCUUAUGUCAAGGGUAUUGUUGAUGAGAUUAUUGUUCCCAGUCUCAAUUUCUUCUACCACGAUGGCGUUCGAUAUGCUGCCGCACAAGCAGUACCACACUUGCUGACUUGUGCUCAAGAGGCUAUUGGUGGUAAGAAGCAGGACCCCGCAGUUCUUGAACUGUGGGUUCCCAUGCUGAAAAAGAUGCUCGAGGUGCUGAAGAUCGAUUCCAUGCCAGAAACUCUGACGGGAUUCUACUCUAGUAUUUAUCAAAGUGUCGAGUUAAUUGGUCCUGGAGCUAUAGACGGCCAGGAUAUGCUCAAGCUUGCUGAGGCCAUCAACACCACGCUACAAGACUACUUAGAAAGAGUCAAGACGCGUCACAGUGGAGACGAUGGUGAUUAUGAAGAUGACGACGGAUACACUGAAGAUGUCGAGGAAGGAGAUGCUGAGAGCGCCGACGAGGAUCUCAUUGGCGAGAUCAACAAAGUCAUCCACUCGAUGUUCAAGACCUCGAAACAACAGUUUUUCCCUGCAUUCGAGCUCCUGCUGCCCAUUAUUUCUACCUUUAUCAACAGUAACAUUGUGGACCUGCGUCAAUGGGCUCUAUGUGCAGUUGACGAUCUGAUUGAGUUUACCGGACCUGAUUCAUGGAAAUAUAAAGAUCUGUUCUUGAGUAAGCUUGUCGAGGGAUUAGUAGACAAUGAUGCUAGUAUCAGACAAGCCGCCGCCUAUGGUAUUGGUGUUGCUGCCCAACAUGGCGGUGAGCAAUACACACAGACUGUUGUCGGUACACUUGAGACGCUAUUCCAAGUGGCCAAUGUUCCCGAUGCCCGUUCUGAAGACAACAUCAACGUCACUGAGAACGUCAGCUCGGCCAUUGCCAAGGUUCUGCGUACACACGGACAACUGCUAGGAUCCGAGAACCUCGACCGAGCUCUUAGUGAGUGGAUUAAAACGCUUCCCAUUGUCGUUGACGAGGAGGCAGCACCCUACCCAUACCUCUUCCUGAGUGAUCUUCUCGAGCAGAACCACCCCUCUGUGGUCAGCCAGGUGGACAAAGUGUUCGACAGCGUGGCCCAGGCCAUCGUCAUGGCGUCCAUCCAGGGCAAGGCUCUCGAACGAGUGGUCCAAGUAACCAAACACUACUUCUCGCAAUUGCCACAGUCCAAGGUCAUGGCGCUGUUCCAGUCACUGCCGGUCGAGUCGCAAGCAGUCGUUCAAGAGAAAUUCCAAUAG